AUGAGCACCUCGGUAUCCAUCAACAGCCUGCAAGCGGCGGCUAAAAGAUAUGGCACCGAGCCACUCCUAGUCUUACCAAAUGGUGCGACUGUCGAUUUAUCGAAAGGUUACAUUCCACUACUCGCACGAUACACUUUCGAAGACAAAGCUGCCCAAGGUCUACGGAAGCGCAAGGCCGGUGACAAGCCUGAAAAUCCGAUUCACUUCUCUGCUCUUGAGCUAGUCCGCGACAACUCGAUCUUGCUCUUGACGGGACCCAGCGGGAGCGGGAAGACUACAUUUGCUAAGCACCUCUGUCACAUCCUAGCUUCCUCUAGAUUCAGCAAUGCGCGACCACUACCUCGAAACGACCUAGGUGAUAUCAAGGAAGAGAAUUGGGGUGCCAGCAGAUUGUCUCCGUGCUAUUUCUCACUGAGUGGUACCGAGUCUCUGAAACGGUUGGCUGAUGUAACGAUUCCGCAACUUCUUGGCGCAUCUGGUUCUCAGCACGAGCAUCUGCUCAUCGUCCUCGAUGAUCUCCAGACCGCAGGGGAUGAACUGAUCUCUGUUCUGGCAAAAACACUGGCCCUAAUACGAGAGCGAACCUACACCAAGCUACUCUUGCUUGGCGAUACAGAUGUCCUUGACCGCUGGAGCUUCCCGGCCGUCGUCCGACACGAGUUGCUUCCCUUGCUAAAGUGUCAAAGAAGGGAGGCAGUGCGUUCUCACCUGAAUUUGGAUCCAUCGACUAUCACAACAACUGGCAUGGGUGAAGCUGCGUCGAACCCGGCCAUGUUUGCUCUCGCGGUUCAAGCCAAUCACUCUGGAAACUGUGCCGAGGAGCUGCUAGAUGCGUGGCUUUCGUCCACCCACUCGCAGCCAGAUGCGGCAUCGCUUCUAGCAGAGAGGUCAUACAAGCUGAUAUUCCACAGCUCAUUAACCACCGGUCCGACUGAGAUGUCGUUGACCGCGUUUCAGCCCAAUCCUGCCUUGCGAAGCCUGACGGUGCAACGGCUCCUAGCUGCGCGGCACCUAGCUGAUUUGACACCGCAAAUCGCUGUCGGCCUCUUUCGUGAUCAGCCUCAUGCUUCGGAUGAUGUUCUAAGAAGCUGCUUGUCGCGUCUCAGCUCCUUACACAGGUCUGGCGUCCUUGUCGACGGGCUCCUCGGGGGCACACCAGCUGACGCUAAGCGCGCUGCCUUACUGGUGGCUGGCCUUAUUCCAUUAUCCGCGGAAGUCGAAGGCAAGGUUAUGAAGCUGCUUCUGGAAAUCGUCGAGAACGGAGAUUGCUCGGCUGGUGAACGCGAGAAAGCCGGUCGUCUACUGUCAAAGUAUGGCGACCCGCGAGAUCUGACUGAACUCGCAGAGGUUCCCGCCGGAAGCUUCAUGAUGGGCUCUGAAAGUCAUCCCAAUUCGCAGCCUCUGAGUAGAGUUUCGCUCGAGAGGUUUCGCAUCGGUGUCUAUCCUGUCGUCAACAGAGACUACGCCGCCUUUGUGAAGGAAACUAGCCGCGAAUGGCUCAGUCCUGGUGGCAAGGACCCGGAGAAAGCAAAUGCACCAGCGACCGAUCUUACAUGGCAUGAUUCAAGGGCUUACUGUCAAUGGCUCACAGAAAGGUGGAGAGAAGAAAAAAAGAUCAGUUCGAAUGAGCACGUGAGGCUUCCUUCAGAGCCAGAGUGGGAGUGCGCGGCCAAGGGUGGCCGAAAUGAGACGGACACUGAAGGGUUGGCUUUUCCUUGGGGCACAGAUUGGCAGGAACAUACUGCCAAUAGCGACGAGACUGGCUUCAAUACGACCUGUGCUGUUGGUCUCUUCCCAAGGGGGCUCUCGCCGUACGGCUGCCACGAUAUGGCGGGGCAUGUAUGGGAAUGGUGCUCAACUCUCUGGGGCGAGGACAUGACGAUGCCAGCUUUCCAGUACCCUUGGCGGGAUGAUGGGCGAGAGUCUUUAGAUGCUUCGGACCAUGUUCGAAGAGUACUGAGAGGCGGAUGCUUCUCGAGUCCCAAGUUGAAGGCAAAUUGCACGUAUCGAGGUAGCCUCGAACCAACAGGAUUCUGGAGAGGCAAUGGGUUCCGCAUCGUUGUUGCGCCGCUAGACUCACAAGAUUAA